AUGGCGGAUGAAUUGUCAUCGGGGAGGGAUGGCGCUCCAGGACCGCAGACGCGUUCACGCCGGAGCAAUAGGGCGGUUGCAGUAAGGGGCGGAGCUUCGGCCCGUACCCCUGUUGUUGCGAGGUACUCGCGCCGGGAUGAUUCCGUUUCGCCGAGCUCCCGGAACUCGUCGAUGUCGCGGUGCUCGACGCCGGCAUCAAGGGGGAACUAUGGCGUGAGAAGCGCCAUGACUGAACUCAGGGUGGCGGCUGAGGAACAAAAGGAGGCUGCCUUCAAUCGGUUCCUUCAGGACCGCAUAGUAGGACAGGAGGCUCGAACCGCAGUUCUGGAUGCGGAGGAGGAACCGGCGAGCGAAGAGUCUUGCCGGGAGGACCCCACCAAGCUCGGGGUGCAAGAGCUGCGUGCCUGGGCCGGAAGGAGCACGGCGUCCCUUAUUCAGAUGGCUAGUAAGUCCAGCAAUCUGAAAGGGACGUACGUCAAAAAAUUCAAGGAGGCUGCCUCGGAGUUGCAAGCCAUAGUGGAGGCCCUCAGCUCACGGACUGAGGCUGAAGAAACCCGCCGCUUGCGGGCAGACAACGCCCGCCUCCGCUCUGAGCUUGACCUGAUAAGGACGGAGCAGAAGGCGUAUCGGCGGGACUUCGCGGAGAUGAAGACCGCGAUGGCCAAAGAGGCGGCAAGGGCGGCGACGAGAGGGGCAGGAGCGUCCGUGCCACCUGCAGCGGUCUUGGAUGUAGACGUCUUGGAGGAGCUGAAAGCCUCCAUAGUGGCCUCAGUCGGGACGAUGCUAGACGCCCGUUUCGCGGGAAUCGAGGAGCGUCUCCUCCCAGAAAAGGUGACUCGCCCACCGCUCUCCUCGGAUAGAAGAGGGCCGCCACCGCCGCGCUCCGCCGGGACCCCACAGGCGGCUGCGGCUCGAUCGGGGGGCCUCAGAACGAACGUGGCUCCAGCGACUCCUGAGGAGCCUCCAGCGAGGGCAGGCUCAAGCCGGACAGCACCCGAGGCUGAAGCUUGGUCGGAAGUGGUGGGUCGAAAGACCAGGGGCAAAAAUGCCCCAGGCGCCAAUCCCGCGACGUCAACGCCGAGGCCCCCGACCGCAGCGGCCCCUAAGCGGAAGCCCAGCCUGGCUCCCCCUAAGACGGCCGCCGUCAUCAUAACUCUGGCUCCCGAGGCGGUCAGUAGAGGUGUGACCUACGCUCAGGUCUUAGAGCAGGCUGAGCAAAGGGUCAACUUGGGAGAGAUUGGCAUAGGCGCGGGGAUGCGGAUUCGCCGCUCUGCGACAGGGGCUAGGCUCUUGGAGCUGCCAAAGGAGAACACCCAGGAUCAGGCGGAGUUAUUGGCAGAUCACCUUCGCAAAGCGUUGGAGGGGGUAGCGGAGGUUGUUCGCCCUACAAAAACGGCGAUGGCUAUGUCGUUUAGGGUGCGAAUCGCGCGCGUCAGCGGCGCCUUGUUGAGCAAGUUGGUUCGUCCGCGCGGCACCGCCAGCAGGGGCGGCCUGCGCCUGCGCCACACGAACCGGUCCGGGGCACAGAGAUUAAUCUGA